AUGUCGGAGAUGGCGAACACAGACCCGGAGGGGAUCGACGGAGUGCGGAUGACGUGGAACGUUUGGCCACGCACUAAGGUGGAGGCCAGCAAGUGCGUGAUCCCACUCGCCGCCUGCAUCUCCCCGAUCCGGGCCCACCCCGACAUCCCCACGCUCCCAUACGCGCCGCUGCGCUGCAAGACCUGCUCUGCCGCCCUCAACCCCUUCUCGCGCGUCGACUUCACCGCCAAGAUCUGGAUCUGCCCUUUCUGCUACCAGCGUAAUCACUUCCCGCCUCACUAUGCCGCGAUCUCCGAGACCAACCUCCCUGGCGAGCUCUACCCUCAGUACACAACCCUCCAGUAUGCUCUGCCGGCCGAUUCAGUCGCCCCUCAAUCUCUGCCAUCACCGGUCUUCGUCUUUGUGCUCGACACGUGUAUGAUCGAGGAGGAGAUGGGUUAUGUCAAAUCGGCGCUCAAGAGAGCAAUUGGGUUGUUGCCCGAUAAUGCGCUUGUUGGAUUUUUGUCGUAUGGGACCCAAGUUCAGGUUCAUGAAUUGGGGUUCUCUGAUUUGUCCAAAGUGUAUGUCUUUCGGGGGAGUAAGGAGAUUUCAAAAGAACAGGUUUUGGAGCAAUUGGGUCUCGGCGUUUUGGGCCGGAGACCUGGUCCGGUUGGUGGAGGGUACCAGCCGAAGGGGGUUCAAAAUGGGUUUCCUAAUGCGGGUGUGACCCGUUUCUUGUUGCCUGCUUCGGACUGCGAAUACACUCUUAAUACGUUGUUGGAUGAAUUGCAAAGCGACCAGUGGCCUGUGCCACCUGGAAAUCGGUCGUCCCGGUGCACAGGAGUGGCGUUGAGCGUUGCAGCCGGUUUGCUUGGAGCUUGUGUGCCUGGAACGGGGGCACGCAUUGUAGCGUUGGUUGGGGGGCCAUGCACAGAAGGGCCUGGCGCGAUUGUAUCCAAAGAUUUAUCAGAACCAGUCCGUUCCCAUAAAGAUCUGGAUAAGGAUGCAGCACCAUACUUUAAGAAAGCAAUCAAAUUUUAUGAUGGUCUUGCGAAGCAGCUGGUUAGCCAGGGUCAUGUCUUAGACCUGUUUGCAUCUGCACUGGAUCAGGUUGGGGUUGCAGAAAUGAAAGUUGCCAUUGAAAAAACCGGUGGACUUGUUGUUCUGGCAGAAAGUUUUGGUCAUUCUGUAUUCAAGGACUCUUUCAAGCGUGUUUUUGAAGAAGGGGAACAGUCGCUUGGCCUUUGUUUCAAUGGUACACUUGAGAUCAACUGUUCAAAGGACAUCAAAAUUCAGGGCGUCAUUGGACCCUGCACAUCUUUGGAGAAGAAAGGACCUGCUGUUGCCGAUACUGCUAUAGGGGAGGGGAAUACAACAGCUUGGAAAAUGUGUGGCCUUGACAAGAGUACUUGCUUGACAGUUUUCUUUGAUCUUUCAUCUAGUGAUCAGUCAAAUACACCAGGAGCUGUAAAUCCGCAAUUAUAUUUGCAGUUUCUUACAAGUUUUCAAAACCCUGAAGGUCAAAUGAUGCUACGAGUAACAACAAUUACUAGACGAUGGAUAGAUAGCACCGUUAGCUCAGAGGAAUUGGUUCAAGGAUUUGACCAAGAGACUGCUGCUGUAGUAAUGGCAAGAAAAACCUCCUUGAAAAUGGAGACAGAGGAAUCUUUCGAUGCUACACGAUGGUUGGAUCGGGGACUCAUUCGUCUCUGUUCCAAAUUUGGUGACUAUCGAAAAGAUGAUCCGUCAUCCUUUACUUUAAAUCCAUGUUUUUCAUUAUUCCCUCAAUUUAUGUUUAAUCUCAGGCGUUCGCAAUUUGUGCAGGUUUUCAACAACAGUCCAGAUGAGACUGCCUAUUUUCGCGUGUUGUUAAAUAAGGAAAAUAUCACCAAUGCGGCUGUCAUGAUUCAACCAUCAUUAAUAUCAUAUUCAUUUAAUUCUCUUCCACAACCUGCAUUGUUGGAUGUGGCUUCAAUUGCAGCUGACCGGAUUCUCUUGUUGGAUUCGUAUUUUAGUAUAGUCAUUUUCCAUGGAAUGACAAUAGCACAGUGGCGUAACAUGGGAUACCAGAAUCAGCCAGAACACCAGGCAUUUGCACAAUUAUUGCAAGCUCCUCAUGAUGAUACACAGUCGAUCAUUCGGGACCGGUUCCCUGUUCCUAGAUUGGUGGUGUGUGAUCAGCAUGGCUCGCAGGCAAGAUUCUUGUUAGCAAAGUUGAACCCGUCGGCAACAUAUAAUAAUGCCCACGACAUGGCUGCGGGUUCAGAUGUAAUCUUCACAGAUGAUGUAAGCCUUCAAGUUUUCUUUGAGCAUCUUCAGAGGUUGGCAGUGCAAUCUUGA